ACGGAGCUCCUCUCUCACACUCCGGACCACAUCAUAACUUUUGAGAGGUGGGAAAACACCACUGACUUCUCCAUCGUUUACGCUGUAGCAGAGGCGACAAGGACGCGCACCGGGGGCCCCGAUGGAGAAAUCCAAAAACUUUCGCAUUGACGCGCUUUUAGCAGUCGAUACACCCAAGGUGCAGACCUCUCCGCUGGCGCUUGUGACUUCCCUGUCCUCCUCCUCCAUCCCGUCGUCUGGAAGUGUUGCAGCCGCUGAGCUGACCACCAGCGCCGAGUCUUUACGCACCGAGACGCCGUCUCCGCCGAGGAUUUCCAACUGCGGCUUGAUUCCGAAACCGGGUUUCCUCAACAGUCCGCACAGCAUGGUUGGAUUACAUCCGCAGAGUACCGCAGGGAUCCCCGCACAGGCUCUCUACGGCCAUCCCAUGUACACCUACUCCGCAGCUGCCCUCACAGGCCAACACCCUGCCCUGUCCUACUCCUAUCCACACGGCUCCCAUCACCACCACAGUGAUCCCAUCAAACUGACAGCCAGCACCUUCCAGCUGGACCACUGGCUCCGGGUCUCCACAGCCGGGAUGAUGCUGCCCAAAAUGUCUGACUUUAACUCUCAGGCUCAGUCCAACUUGCUUGGCAAGUGCAGAAGACCAAGAACUGCAUUCACAAGUCAGCAACUGCUGGAGCUGGAGCAUCAAUUCAAACUGAAUAAGUAUCUGUCACGACCGAAGCGCUUUGAAGUGGCAACGUCCCUCAUGCUGACAGAAACCCAGGUUAAAAUCUGGUUCCAGAACAGACGCAUGAAGUGGAAGAGAAGUAAGAAGGCCAAAGAGCAGGCCGCCCAGGAGGCCGAGAAGAAAGGCAACAAGGGCGGCCAGGAGAAAUCUGACGGACUCGAACAGUCGGACUAUAACAGCAAGACAGACUCAAAAAACGGCAGAAUAAGAGACUUCAGAGACAGUGACGACGACGAAGGCGAUAAUUUCAUGUACAACUCGUCGGACUGCUCCUCGGACGACGAGAGGAAUCACACCAGUGACAUAAGUCCGCAGCCUUGAAGCUGAAGAAGGGGCGAAGGUGGCGAUCUCCAUUUAUACAGACUGUGGGGGGAUUGUCGCUAUAAAAAUGCAGUUGCAUGUAACCCAACCUCUAAUCACCUCCAUGGAAUUAAUGAGCAUUUUUUGUCAUGAAAGGAAUAAAAUUUAGGUCAAAGAUAGAUGAUCUUGGUGUCAUAAUCAAGCAAUAAAGCAGGAGAUUUAAGUUUAAUAAUAGGAGCAUCACUCAGCACUCGGCUAUAGACUGUAAACUGUGACAUGUUGCAUGGUUUAUAUGCAAACGCUGUAUGCAGUAACAUUUCAAUAAUACCCUAUAGCCAACGCCACAGUAAAAAAAAGUCCGCGUCAUUUGUCUUAGUUUGACCUUAUUUUGUUCUUUGUGGUGUUCCGUAGUGUGCCAUAUCACGCUGGAAAUAAAUGUUAUGUUUAUUUUUCUAUACUGUAUUUAUAAAAAUGGUUAUCCCAGUGCAUGCUAAAUUAUUGUUUAGCGUCUCUCUUGGUGCAAACAAUGUGAAAUAAAAUGUUUUUAUAGAAA